AGAUAGCGGACAGCUCGGAGAGACGGCAAUCGUUGCAGUAAAGGUUAGCACCCUGAGCUGCAGCUCCCGUGAGGGGGCAACCACAUCUUGCUACAGAAAACCCUACAGAAAGAUACCCCCAGGGGUGCCGAGAGGGGGGGUGAGCACCCCAAAACGGAUGGAUUUCACAGUACCUGAUAUACGCAAUGGUUUUUCGACGACGACAGCAACCUGCUUUUGUGGCAAGAUCUGUAAGAACCUCAGAGGCCUGAGGAUCCACCAGGCCAAGAUGGGCUGCACAAGGAGGAAGCAAGUGGAGCAACGCACAGAGCCAGUGCUAAGCACUGACCCUGGUGAGACAGAGAAGGAGCAGGAACCGGAGUCACCCCACAGUGUCCAGAACCUCCAUGCUCUACAUGCUACACCUAGCAAACCAUCAGAACACCGUCGGGUUUUAUGGCCUGCUGCAAACAAGGAGGCAGAGUGGCAGCAGUUUGACGAGGAUAUUGAGGCUACUCUAGAUGCAUCAUGCAGAGGAGAAGUUGAUCAGCGACUGCAGUUGAUGAGUACACUAAUCAACAGCAUCGGUGCAGAGAGAUUUGGCAUCAAAGUACCGAAGGCUCAGAUCAUCGCUAGGCCAAACCGGCGUGAGACCAAGAUCUCCCAGCUCAGGAAAGAGCUGAAGGUCUUACACCGUCAGUAUAAGAGAGCGAGCGAGGAGGAAAAGCCAGCCCUGACAGAGCUCAGGGACAUCCUGAGGCAGAAACUCAUCUCUCUACGGCGGGCUGAGAGGCACAGGAGGAGAGGUAGAGAGAGAGCUCGCAAGCGAAUGGCCUUCAUUGCAAAUCCCUUUAGCUUUACUAAGCAGCUGCUGGGGCAGAAGCGGAGUGGGACCCUGCGAUGCCCAAAGGAGGAGAUCAAUCAGUACCUCAGUGAUAAAUACAGCGACAGCAGGAGAGAGGAGAAUCUGCCCACCUGCAGAGAGUUACCCACACCACCAGAACCCUCUUUCCAGUUUAACAUCAAGGAGCCCACCUUAGCAGAGGUCAGGGACAUCGUACAAACUGCACGUACCAGCGCAGCUCCAGGCCCAAGUGGAGUGCCAUAUAAAGUCUAUAAGUAUUGCCCGAGACUCUUGAAGAGGCUGUGGAGACUCAUCAGGGUAGUAUGGCGGAGGGGGAAGGUUGCCCAGCAAUGGCGUCACGCAGAGGGUGUUUGGAUACCAAAGGAGGAGAACGCGAGUGACAUCACGCAGUUCCGCACCAUCUCUCUGCUCAGUGUGGAAGGCAAAAUCUUUUUCAAGAUUCUUGUCAACGGAUUAUCUGAGUUUCUCAUGAGGAAUUCCUACAUUGACACCUCGGUGCAGAAGGGCGGAGUCCCAGGCAUGCCAGGCUGUUUGGAACACACAGGAGUGAUCACCCAGUUGAUCCGGGAGGCGAGAGAAAAUCGAGGAGACCUAGCAGUCCUCUGGCUUGACCUAGCCGAUGCCUACGGAUCAAUUCCGCACAAGCUGGUGACAACAGCUCUGACGAUACACCACAUUCCUGAGAAGAUCAUAGAACUCAUAAGGGACUACUACAGUAGUUUCAGCCUGAGAUUCACCUCUGGAACAGUAACAUCUGCGGGGCACCGCUUAGAGAAGGGCAUUAUCACAGGCUGCACCAUAUCAGUGGUAUUGUUUGCCCUAGCGAUGAGCAUGCUGGUCAAGGCUGCUGAGGUGGAAUGUAGGGGCCCCCUGUCCAGAUCCGGCAUUCGCCAACCACCAAUCCGAGCCUACAUGGACGAUCUGACUGUCACAUCAACAUCAGUGACAGGGUGCAGGUGGCUCCUCCGCGGUCUGGAAAGGAUUAUGGCAUGGCCAAGAAUGAUGUUCAAGCCAGCCAAGUCCAGAUCCUUGGUUCUGAGAAAGGGGAGAGUGGAGGACAAACACCGUUUUUACGUGGAUGGAAUCACUAUUCCAACAGUGUCAGAGAAGCCCGUGAAGAGCUUAGGGAAGAUCUUCGACAGCACCCUGAAGGACAAGGCAGCAGUGGAGGCAGCCCACAUGGAGCCGAAGACCUGGCUAUCAGCGGUGGACAAGUCCGGUCUUCCGGGGAAGUUCAAGGCAUGGAUAUACCAGCAUGGUAUCCUGCCAAGACUCCUGUGGCCACUACUGAUUUACGAAGUCCCAGUAUCACUUGUGGAGGGCUUUGAACGUAAUAUCAGCCAAUACCUGCAUAGAUGGCUGGGUCUGCCGAAGAGCCUGAGCAGCAUUGCUCUGUAUGGGCACAACAACAAGUUGCAGCUGCCUUUUACUGGCCUGACCGAGGAGUUCAAAGUCACCAGAGCCAGGGAGGUGUUGCUGUACAGAGACUCGGCUGACACCAGAGUCUCUUCCGCUGGCAUCACGGUCAGAACUGGGAGGAAAUGGCAAGCGGAUAAGGCAGUCGACCAGGCAGAGGCGAGACUGAGACAUAGUGUCUUAGUUGGCUCUGUGGCGGUGGGAAGAGCUGGUCUAGGCAGUCACACAAGACCACGCUACGACAAAGCCCAAGGACGAGAGAGACGCCAGAUGGUGCAGGGAGAGAUUCGUGCUGAGGUGGAGGAGGAGCGCCUAAGUAGGACUGUGGCAAUAAGCCAACAAGGAGCCUGGGCCAAUUGGAAUCAUGCAGCUGCCAGGAAAAUCACCUGGACAGAACUAUGGAAGUCUGAACCUGUAAGACUUAAGUUCCUGAUUCAGUCGGUGUAUGAUGUCCUCCCAAGUCCAUCUAACCUUUACACCUGGGGCCUAGCAGAAACACCAACAUGCCCUCUGUGCCCGGCUCAUGGUUCCCUGGAGCACAUCCUGAGUUGCUGCCCUAAAGCACUAGGAGAGGGGAGGUACACGUGGCGCCAUAACCAGGUGCUGAAGGUAGUAGCGGAUACCAUCUGCACUGCAAUCCGGGAGUCUAAACAUCAAGUCCCAGCGAGGCACAACAUCUCCUUUGUUAGGGCAGGGGAGAAACCUCAGGGAGAACGUAAGGCCUCAACUGGACUGCUAGCCACGGCCCGAGAUUGGAAGUUGCAGGAGGACCUAGGGAGGCAGUUAAAGUUCCCAGAGCACAUAGCAAGGACGUCACUGAGGCCAGAUCUGGUCUUAACAUCUGACUCAACAAAGCAAAUCGUGCUAGUGGAGCUUACUGUCCCCUGGGAGGACAGGAUGGAGGAGGCUUUCGAAAGGAAGAAGGCCAAAUAUCUUGAGUUGGUUGAGGCAUGCAGAGGGAGUGGAUGGAGGGCCCGCUGUGAGCCAAUAGAAGUGGGCUGCAGGGGCUUUCAAAGUCAAUCUGUGUAUCGGGCAUUCAGGCUCCUUGGCAUCAGAGGGUUGCGGUGA